AUGGCUCCCGCGGCGGCGCGCCUCCUCCUCCUCGUCCUCGCCGUCGCCUCCUCCCUCUCCGUGGGCGCGGACGCCCUCCGGUCUUUGGGCGUCGGCGACGGGGCCACCGCGCAGGGGGACUACGCCGUGGAGCUUGACGCCACCACCUUCGACGCCUUCCUCACGGCCUCCCGGGAGUCCUUCGCCGUCGUCGAGUUCUACGCCCACUGGUGUCCAGCUUGCAGAAACUACAAGCCCCAUUAUGAGAAGGUUGCGAAACUUUUCAACGGUCCAGAUGCUGCACAUCCUGGGAGAGUACUGAUGGCUAGGAUUGAUUGUGCAUCAAAGGUGAACAUAGAUCUUUGCAAUAGAUUUUCUGUUGACCGUUAUCCUUUACUACUUUGGGGGCGCCCACCAAAAUUUGCUAACAUUAAGUGGGACCGGAAGCAAGAGAAAAGCAAAAUAAAAUUGAUUGAUGAUGGAAGAACAGCAGAGCGUUUACUUAAGUGGAUAAAUAAGCAAAUGGAAAGGCAAAUGCUUCUAUGUUUUGGUUCAGUUCUACCAUUACAGGCAUGA